CUGGGGCCUACCCCGACCCUCUGGGAGGCCGCCCCGUCUGCGGCGUGACGGGCGGCCCAGAUGGUCACCAUGGGCCAGUGUUACUACAAUGAGACCAUCGGCUUCUUCUACAACAACAGUGGCAAGGAGCUCAGCUCCCACUGGCGACCCAAGGAUGUGGUUGUGGUGGCCCUGGGGCUGACUGUCAGCGUGCUGGUGCUGCUGACCAACUUGCUGGUCAUCGCAGCCAUCGCCUCCAACCGCCGCUUCCACCAGCCCAUUUACUACCUGCUCGGCAACCUGGCCGCAGCCGACCUCUUUGCUGGUGUGGCCUACCUCUUCCUCAUGUUCCACACGGGCCCUCGCACCGCCCGGCUCUCGCUGGAGGGCUGGUUCGUGCGGCAAGGCCUGCUGGACACGAGCCUGACCGCCUCAGUGGCCACCCUGCUAGCCAUCGCCGUGGAGCGGCACCGCAGCGUGAUGGCUGUGCAGCUGCACAGUCGCCUGCCCCGCGGCCGUGUCGUCCUGCUCAUCGUGGGGGUGUGGGUGGCCGCGCUGGGCCUGGGGCUGCUGCCCGCCCACUCAUGGCACUGCCUCUGUGCCCUGGACCGCUGCUCACGCAUGGCCCCCCUGCUCAGCCGCUCCUACCUGGCCGUCUGGGCCCUGUCCAGCCUGCUUGUCUUCCUGCUCAUGGUGGCUGUCUACACCCGCAUUUUCUUCUAUGUGAGGCGGAGGGUGCAGCGCAUGGCGGAGCACGUCAGCUGCCACCCCCGCUACCGAGAGACCACACUCAGCCUGGUCAAGACCGUUGUCAUUAUCCUGGGGGCGUUCGUGGUCUGCUGGACGCCAGGCCAGGUGGUGCUGCUCCUGGACGGUCUGGGCUGCAAGUCGUGCAACGUUCUGGCCGUGGAGAAGUAUUUCCUACUCUUGGCUGAGGCCAACUCACUGGUCAAUGCCGUGGUGUACUCAUGCCGAGAUGCUGAGAUGCGCCGCACCUUCCGCCGCCUCCUCUGCGGUCUGUGCCUUCGCCGGUCCACCCACGAGUCUGCCCGCUACGCACCCUCCACCCGAACAGGUCCCAGCACUCGCAUCAUGCUUCCAGAGAAUGGCCACCCCCUGAUGGACUCCACCCUUUAGCAGAUGCACCGGGCUCUACCUAAGCUACAGGACAGACCCUCAGUCCGCCGUGGCACGACGCCCCUGCCAGCCUUCCCCAGGCCCACAGC